AAAAAAUAAUUAAAUAUGAAUUUAAGAAAUAUAAAAUUAGAAGAUUAUUCUGAAGAAGUAAAAAAAGCAUAUUCUUUUCCAGAUAAAAGCACAAUAGAUUAAUUUAAAUGCAGGGUUAAUAUGUAUUAACAUUAAUAACUUACAUAGCAAUUUACUUUAAAAUUCGUAGCAAUUACACUUUCUUUUGGAAUUGCGGCACAUGUUUAUAUUACAAAUAAUCUAGGAGGAAAAGUAAUUAAAGAUAGAAUAUUUUCAUAAUAAAAUAUGAUGAAAAAAUUCUAUAUAAAAUCAACUCCAUUUUUAGGCUUGGCUUUUGCAUUCUUUCAUAGUAGAUAACUUUUAGAAAACCCGAAACUUGAAUAUUUAGAAUGAAAAAUAAAUUUAUAUUAAAAUAAUAACAAAAAUGAAUAAAUAUAUAUAUAUAAAUAAAAAGAUCAUAAUACAUAUAUCGCAUUAUUUAUAUAUAUAUAUUUUAUAUUUAUCAAAUAAAAUAAAUAAAUAUUAAUAUUUAAUAAAAAAC